AUGUCCUCUGAACAGAUUCCUCUGUCUAACGACGCCUCGCCGGCACCAAUUAACCCUCUGGCCGCCCAUCCCGUCCGAGGAACCGCCGACCUGCCCGCCUCAAACACCAACGCCUCUCAAGAUGCCCAGGGACGACAGCCCUCCUCCGCCGCCGCCGCCUCCCCCGAACUCGCCGGUGGGAAGGUAAAGCUCCAGAGCGCCCUGCGUCACUUCGCCGACUUCCCCAUCAAGGGCAUCGACUUCGUCGAUAUCAUGCCCCUCUUCCUCGACCCCUCCGUCCACGAGACCCUCGGCUCCGUCCUCGAGCUCCAGGUCAAGGAGGCCUUUGGCCAGCAGAUUCCCGACGUUGUUGUCGGCCUCGACGCCCGCGGCUUCCUCUUCGGACCCGGCCUGGCCCUCCGUCUCGGCACCGGUUUCGCCCCGGUGCGCAAGCAGGGCAAGCUGCCCGGCCCGUGCGUCACCGCCGAGUACCAGAAGGAGUACGGCUCCGAUUUCUUCCAGAUGCAGCAAGAUGCCAUCAAGCCGGGCCAGAAGGUCUUGGUUGUCGACGACAUCAUCGCUACUGGCGGCUCCGCAAAGGCGGCGGCAGACCUCGUCAAGCAGCUCGGCGGCGAGAUCGUUGGCUACCUCUUCAUCCUGGAAAUCCCCGGUCUCAACGGACGUGAGAAGCUCGGCGACACCAAGACCGUCAUCCUCCUCGAGGACGCAUGA